UCUUCUAUUUCAGAGGAGCCGGUGGUGGCGGCGAAGGCUCCAACAUGAUGCUCAUAAUCGGUGGCAUCAUACUGCUAAUCGUGUUGGGCGCCGCGGGUGUUUUCGUGGUCCUGUCGGGGAAGAGCUCCGGUGGUGAGUCUACAACAGUCUCAAGUGUCAAACCGGGAGUAGAAGUGGACAAAACUCCGAUUGAUGUACCAUCAGUAGUACCACCAGCACCACUUGCCGGAUACCAAGGCGUUAAAAUUGGUCCUAUCGUUCACAAGAGCAACAAUGUGACGGGAAACGUUUACGCAGCUGACGAUAAAACGUUCCACAUAACGCAGUUCAGCUACGACGGACUAGCUCCCGAUGCCCAUUUCGCGGUCUCAAAAGAAGCGGAUCUAAAAACCCCUGUGAAACUUCAUGACGAGAAAGAUACAGAGGUUAAACUGGGAGUGUACACGACCAAAAAUAUCAAGAUCAAAACUACAGAGACGAUCGACAAGUACAAGUCGUUCGGCGUGUACUGCUUCAGCGCUGGAAAAGCCUUCGGUGUCGUAGAAAUACCAACACCUUUUACUGUGCCGAGUGAAAAGGAAGAGACAAUUAAGGACCCAAAUGAAAUAGAACCGCCAACUGCCACUAUCGUGGACUCCAAAAAUAUAAUUAUAAAAGCCUUCAAGUACACCGGAACAGAUCCAAUCGAGAUUUUUGCCUAUGCGGGCAAAGGUAAGGAGAUAAAGAAGGACGUUGGCACCAAAAUCUCGACCGCCAAGAUAAAUGAAGCCGACGCCAAGGAUGUGACAAUCACCACCAAUACAGAGUCUUGGGAGGACUACGAUUGGGUCGCGCUCAUCGAUGAAACAAGCGGUGUCGUGAAGGGCAAGAUCAUGAUAACUAAACCAUUAACGGUUCCUUUGGCCUCGACAACCACCGUGCGCCGGCGCGCUUCCAAGGGACGUCGCGCUGCAGGCACCCUGGCCGUCAAGGCUGCACCAAGAAAGGCUAGGCUUCUCGUGUGCUCUUACGGUGAGUCUGGCGUGGUGAAAACCAUGGUGCCCUCGGACGGCUUGUGCGAUGUCGUCUUCUACACGGACGUAACCUACGACGGUGAGGCGGAAGCUAUCGUUCCCAAGGACGGAGGGCCGGCAUUUGACGUGCUCAAGUCCGCCGCCACGAAGUACACAAAGACGUCGUUCGGCACCUCCAUGGCUACUGGGACCAUUGCGGAUGCUGCAAGGGAAAAGAAAUCUGAAUUGAUGGCCGCCAUGGCAGACCUGUUUGGUGCCAAGAUGUUCCACUUCGGCAUGUUGAAUGUCGAGAACAUCGAGGACUACGACAACCUGAAGGACGCAGAUUUGCAGUACAUAAAGGUAGCCAACGAGUUUCUGAAGGGCAAGUCGUCAGCCCGUUUGUACCACAAGGCUCUGGGCCUGUCACUCCGAGACGGUUCGAAAGGAGCCAAGAUUCUCGACGCCGCCAAGCGAGUUACCGACGACUUCCCCGAACUGACCAUGGUCAUCAUCAAGCUGCAUACCGAGAACUACGGCCCCGCGGGCGACCACUGGCCACUCGCACCCAACCCCGACGAUGUGGACUUGUCCGAGCACAACGCUCUGUCCCUGGCUGCGAUCAAGGACGACAUGGAGGAACAGCUGCAGGCCAUCUCGAGCCAAGGCAAGUACGCGCUGCUGUCGUUUGCCAUGUUCGCGAGGACCUACCGCAUGAAGAAAACGUGGAACGGCGCGGCUGCUCGCGAGAUGUCCGAGAGCAGCCUCAACAUGGACUACUCGUCGGUGUGCAAAAUGAAAACUGAAAAGGACAGCGAGGACACUGGCACCCUGUACGCUACGGACGAGCACAAAAAGUUCCUCGCUCUCUUCGACUCUGCAAGCACAUUCACAAAGAAGACGAGCAAGCGACUGAGCGUGAUGCCCCAGAAUUUUACCGGCCUAGCAGUGUACAACGUUGAAAUGGACGACUACAAAGGUGCCUGCGGGAAAGGAAAGUUCGUCCGGCUCAAGGCCAUCAAGUCUGCGCUCGCUGCUUGACGCACCAAGUCGCAGCCAAUGGGCGUCCGUGGACUGCGCCCCCCUGUCGGGAACCGGGGGCAAAGCAGAAGCCACCUGGACUAGCGACGGACAAAAUGAUGGCCUGGCGAGCAAUAAAGA